CUGGGUGCUGCAUUGCGCAUGCGCGUGCUGCCACCCACAGUAUGGUGGUCCUGCUGGGGUCAUCCCCGGUGUGUGACAAGCAGCCGUCAAGCAAUAGCAGUCGCAAAAUGCACUGCUGCUUGCCGUUGCGGCGGUGCUUGGAAACCAACUGAGAACCGAGAGAGUGUGUGUGGUGUGAGGUGCCGCCGGGCUGGGCGUGUUCUUGUAGAAAGUAACACAAAGCAAUGAAGAGAUGUUAGAGUAGGAUGGUUUGGUACUGCUGUCUCCCAUGAAAACCAUAAUUCCAAAGCAUUUAUGUGGUGAACUGCAUGCUAUUUAUGUGAAUUAAAUCUAAAAGGUGGAAAGUCUGUGGAAAAGAAUGGGUUAUGAUAUUGAGCGGUUUGUUGGCUAUGUUAAUGAAGGACUUUUAUGCUGUAUAUGCCGAGAUGUAUUAGAAGAUCCUUUACAGGCUCCUUGUGAACAUGCUUUCUGUACUGCCUGUAUACAUGGCUGGCUUGUUCAUCACAAUAACUGCCCUGAAGACAGACAAGCACUUGAUAUGUCUGUGCUACGACCUCUCUACAGAUACAUGAAAAAUGAUCUAAAUCGACUUCAGCUUCAUUGCAAAAACAGAGAGCGUGGUUGUGAAAUGGUUUGUUCUCUAGAAUCUAUAGACAGACAUGAGAGAGAAUGUGAAUACAGCCAGAUACCCUGCUCAAAUGCUGGUUGUCCAGUUCAGAUUGAACGACGUAACUUAGAUGGCCAUUUGGCAGUGUGUGAAUACCGGAGCCGUGAAUGCCCUAAUGGUUGUGGUUACACCAUUUUCAGGGCAGAAGACACGCAGCAUAAUUGUGUAGCAGAGCUAAGAACAGAAGUAGAACUGCUCCGGUCAGAAAUGAUCUGCAGAGUGGAGGAGGCAAAGCAUGAAAUGGAGUCCAGAUUAGAUUCACAGAGAAGGCAUAUGGUUCAAAAAGAGAGUCUUCUGCAAAAUGAAAUUGAAGAACUAAAGAGUCAGAUGUCACGAAUGAUGUCUGAGGUGCGCUCCCUUAUGGCUGCAGAGAGACAGCAUCGUCAAGAGCUGGAGCAAGCAGAGCUCGAAAAGCGUGAAUUAAUGGAGCUGCUGAAAGGCCUACAGAAAGACUGCCGAUUAAAUAAUACAGAAGGAAACAAGAAAUCAACAAACUUUCGCCCCUUGACACGACUGGAGAGUGUGAAACGAAAACCCAGGGAAGUUACAGUCAUCUAAACAGAAGUAUGACAAAAACUACUUGAAUGUUGUUUUACCCACAACAGACCUCAAUUUUAUACAAAGGACAUAUGAUCAGGUGGACUUCUAUAUUGAUACUAAAGUCUGGAACUAUACAAUGGCACUAAUAGACCCACGGAUCUUGAAUCAUGGGGUUUCUUACAUUUGAGGACUGAAGGACACUUUUUAGAAAUGUGGAGAGGUCAAAUAUGGCAGCCAGUUAGACCCUGAGCAUGUGGGUGAAACCCACCAGCCAGACAUCUGAAAUAUAUGUAUGAUGAAAGAGAACCCCAUGAUGUUACAAGGGUUUAUGCAAGUCUCCAUGCCUGCUUUGGUUAUUUUUUUCCCCCUACUGAACUUAAUACUAACAACAUACCGAAAGAAACAAGUAGAAUGUUAGUGAGUGCAGUAAGUCUGUCUUAGAAGCAGAAUUAGCACUUAAUGAUUAAGACGUGAGGAUAUCACUAAUCUUUCUCAAAUCUUAUUUAGUACAUUGUAGUUUCACUUAAUCCAGCUAGUCCAAUAAUUUGAAAGAUGUGCUGACUCCAUUUAAGUAAGACACAGCCCUCUCUGGCUCUUGCACCAUCAAUUCCCAUACACCCAUCCAGCUCAGUUUUUUUCAUAGAAGCAUACAAUUCCUGUGGAACAACUAGUGAGCCAGACUUGAUUGCUGUUGCUGCAUAUUUUUGCUUUCUUUAUUGAAAUGUAGGAGUAGAAUAGUGUUCAAUGAGCACCUGUUGGUUUCAAUAGGACUUCUGAAUGCAAGACUUUCAGGAGAACCCUAUAUCUGCUGUUUAAUUGAGUUGCAAUGUACCAGUUUGCUUGUAAGCACCCAUGUUAUUUUAGUUAGGCUGAUUCUAAUAUUAAGUUAAAUUUUCAUCUCAAUCAUAAUUGUUCAUGUGUGUUAUCAGAUGGUUAGCCUAACAUCACAAUUGCAUGGCAGAUUUCUUUUCUUUAUUAGUAGCAGACAAGUGAAUUAUGUAGCCAAGUAACAUAUGCAAUUACUGUAAACAUUUUAGUUGCAAAGUUAUUGUAUUUUUUACAUCUUAAACAUUCUUAGGUGCUUUAAGAAGUUUUUUUAAAAAGUGACCCUCAGAUAGUAAACAGGUCCUGGAAUAUAUUAAAAUAAGAAUCAUAGAAUAUAAGGGUUGGAAGGGACCCCAGAAGGUCAUCUAGUCCAACCCCCCUGCUUGAAGCAGGACCAAUUCCCAGUUAAAUCAUCCCAGCCAGGGCUUUGUCAAGCCUGACCUUAAAAACCUCUAAGGAAGGAGAUUCUACCACCUCCCUAGGUAACGCAUUCCAGUGUUUCACCACCCUCUUAGUGAAAAAGUUUUUCCUAAUAUCCAAUCUAAACCUCCCCCACUGCAGCUUGAGACCAUUACUCCUCGUUCUGUCAUCUGCUACCAUUGAGAACAGUCUAGAGCCAUCCUCUGUGGAACCCCUUUCAGGUAGUUGAAAGCAGCUAUCAAAUCCCCCCUCAUUCUUCUCUUCUGCAGGCUAAACAAUCCCAGCUCCCUCAGCCUCUCCUCAUAAGUUCCAGACCCCUAAUCAUUUUUGUUGCCCUUCGCUGGACUCUCUCCAAUUUAUCCACAUCCUUCUUGUAGUGUGGGGCCCAAAACUGGACACAGUACUCCAGAUGAGGCCUCACCAAUGUCGAAUAGAGGGGAACGAUCACGUCCCUCGAUCUGCUCGCUAUGCCCCUACUUAUACAUCCCAAAAUGCCAUUGGCCUUCUUGGCAACAAGGGCACACUGCUGACUCAUAUCCAGCUUCUCGUCCACUGUCACCCCUAGGUCCUUUUCCGCAGAACUGCUGCCUAGCCAUUCGGUCCCUAGUCUGUAGCUGUGCAUUGGGUUCUUCCGUCCUAAGUGCAGGACCCUGCACUUAUCCUUAUUGAACCUCAUCAGAUUUCUUUUGGCCCAAUCCUCCAAUUUGUCUAGGUCCUUCUGUAUCCUAUCCCUCCCCUCCAGCGUAUCUACCACUCCUCCCAGUUUAGUAUCAUCCGCAAAUUUGCUGAGAGUGCAAUCCACACCAUCCUCCAGAUCAUUUAUGAAGAUAUUGAACAAAACCGGCCCCAGGACCGACCCUUGGGGCACUCCACUUGAUACCGGCUGCCAACUAGACAUGGAGCCAUUGAUAACUACCCGUUGAGCCCGACAAUCUAGCCAGCUUUCUACCCACCUUAUAGUGCAUUCUUCCAGCCCAUACUUCCUUAACUUGCUGACAAGAAUACUGUGGGAGACCGUGUCAAAAGCUUUGCUAAAGUCAAGAAACAAUACAUCCACUGCUUUCCCUUCAUCCACAGAACCAGUAAUCUCAUCAUAAAAGGCGAUUAGAUUAGUCAGGCAUGACCUUCCCUUGGUGAAUCCAUGCUGGCUGUUCCUGAUCACUUUCCUCUCAUGCAAGUGCUUCAGGAUUGAUUCUUUGAGGACCUGCUCCAUGAUUUUUCCAGGGACUGAGGUGAGGCUGACUGGCCUGUAGUUCCCAAGAUCCUCCUUCUUCCCUUUUUUAAAGAUUGGCACUACAUUAGCCUUUUUCCAGUCAUCCGGGACUUCCCCCGUUCGCCACGAGUUUUCAAAGAUAAUGGCCAAUGGCUCUGCAAUCACAGCCACCAAUUCCUUCAGCACUCUCGGAUGCAACUCGUCCGGCCCCAUGGACUUGUGCACGUCCAGCUUUUCUAAAUAGUCCCUAACCACCUCUAUCUCCACAGAGGGCUGGCCAUCUCUUCCCCAUUUUGUGAUGCCCAGCGCAGCAGUCUGGGAGCUGACCUUGUUAGUGAAAACAGAGGCAAAAAAAGCAUUGAGUACAUUAGCUUUUUCCACAUCCUCUGUCACUAGGUUGCCUCCCUCAUUCAGUAAGGGGCCCACACUUUCCUUGGCUUUCUUCUUGUUGCCAACAUACCUGAAGAAACCCUUCUUGUUACUCUUGACAUCUCUGGCUAGCUGCAGCUCUAGGUGCGAUUUGGCCCUCCUGAUAUCAUUCCUACAUGCCCGAGCAAUAUUUUUAUACUCUUCCCUGGUCAUAUGUCCAACCUUCCACUUCUUGUAAGCCUCUUUUUUAUGUUUAAGAUCCGCUAGGAUUUCACCAUUAAGCCAAGCUGGUCGCCUGCCAUAUUUACUAUUCUUUCGACUCAUCGGGAUGGUUUGUCCCUGUAACCUCAACAGGGAUUCCUUGAAAUACAGCCAGCUCUCCUGGACUCCUUUCCCCUUCAAGUUAGUCCCCCAGGGGAUCCUGGCCAUCCGUUCCCUGAGGGAGUCGAAGUCUGCUUUCCUGAAGUCCAGGGUUCGUUUCACAAGAAUCCUUGUGAAAUUUGCUAACUCUUCCCCUCAGAUGCGUUUUUGAUAGUGUUUCUCUACAGAUUUGCCAAGGAGUCCUGGAUAACUUAGGAAAAUGCUGGCACCAUUCCGCAUUUCUCAUGAACGUCUUUUGGAUAGACCCAUACAGUUUAUCCUUGGUACGUGGGGGGAUCUUAUGCAGCGUUUUCUCACAUUGAAAGAUGUCUUUCUAAAUACCUAUAAGUCUAUGCAAAUUUUAUAUUAACAAAUGAACGUUAAAAUGUCUUCCAGCUACACGGUUCAUUGCCAAGCUAGACUGAAAUUUGUUGUUUUUUUUUUAUUAUUUUUACAUUUAAUAAAAAAUGGGAAAUGGGCUCAAAAGUGGAAUUUUGGGGCUAAAUGUCAUUGUGUCUAAAAGAGAGCUAACAGAUAGCUUGUAACCAUUUGAUUUGCACUUUGUAUAAAAGUUGAGCUACUCAAGUGUUCAUAAAAGUAGUUAUUCAUUUUGCUUCUCCUCUUUUCAUUAUGAAAGAUCAGGUAUCCUCGUUGCCUAAUAAAAUAGUGAGACAUA